UCCCCGCAAUCCCCCCUCCCCUUCUCUGUCCUUGGGAACUGGUUCAACCAGAGUACAGCCAGCUCAUCUGCAUCUGGCCCUAGAGAAGAACCUGCGGGAGCCAGAGGCGGAGGAAGAGAGAAGGCGGCACCGGAGCUGCAGCGGUGGUGCGGCGAGCGCACACCCCGCGUGGCCCGCACCGCGCAGCCCGAGAGGCCCAUGCCCUGCCCGCGCCGCUCCCGGUUCCCCCAUGAGGCCUCUGCCGAGCGGGAGGAGGAAGACCCGAGGCAUCUCCCUAGGACUCUUCGCCCUCUGCCUGGCCGCAGCCCGCUGUCUGCAGAGUCAGGGCGUGUCCCUGUACAUUCCGCAGGCCACCAUCAAUGCCACCGUCGAAGAAGACAUCCUGCUCUCAGUUGAGUACUCCUGUCAUGGGGUGCCCACCAUUGAAUGGACAUAUUCGUCCAACUGGGGAACUCAGAAGAUCGUGGAGUGGAAACCAGGGACUCAGGCCAACAUCUCCCAAAGCCACAAGGACAGAGUCUGUACCUUUGACAAUGGCUCCAUCCAGCUCUUCAGUGUGGGAGUGAGGGAUUCCGGCUACUAUGUCAUCACUGUGACGGAGCACUUGGGAAGCAGCCAGUUAGGCACCAUUGUGCUGCACGUCUCUGAGAUCCUCUAUGAAGACCUGCACUUCGUCGCUGUCUUCCUUGCUUUUCUCAUUGCUGUGGCCGCAGUAUUAAUCAGCCUCAUGUGGGUUUGUAAUAAGUGUGCGUAUAAAUUUCAGAGGAAGAGAAGACACAAACUCAAAGAAAGCACAACUGAGGAGACUGAGCUGCAAGAUGUUGAGUGUUAGUUAGCCAAGGCUGGACCCAACUGCAUUCCUACCUCAAAAGGAAACCAUUCUCCAACAAAAAGAGCAAGCACAGCUCUAUACCCAUUGUGUGUGGUCCUGUUGCAGCCCGUCCUGACAGGACAGCAGGAAGUUAACAUUGAUUGCAUGGAGUUGAGGACUGUGGAUGGGACAAUGCCAGUUUUAGGACUCGUGCUAAGGUCAAGGAGAAGAGUGAGGCUUUGAACCAGGGGCUUUUCUUGGCUGCAGCAUCGAGGCGAUGCUUACCCAUAACCAAUGGCAGAGUACAGGUAUUGGCUACGUCCUCACAACACUCACUGUGGCAGACAGGAUGGCCUGUUGUCAGAGGCCCUGUAUCAGAGGCCAGAGCAUCUCCAGACGGAUGUGCAGCCAGCAUUAGAACAUCCUCUCUGUGCUCCUGUCUGCUCUGCAACGGCUGUGCCCACCAAGCCCCCCAUCUGGUAUCCCACAAGCACUACUGUGGGAGCUAUUGUAAGAAAACCUGAGACUUUUAGACCAUCUGCUGCCUCAGAGCAGAGGUGGAAAGAGACGGGGUGGAGAUUGGUGCUGUUGUGCUGCAGGGAGUUGCUUUGAGGUGAGGCCCUGUGGCUAGGAGCUUUACGGGAGAGGAGUUCAAAACUCUCCUCAGAGGCCAGCUUUGGAAUACAAGGAAUAGAGAGAAAAUUAUCUUUCUCUUCCUCCCUCAUUCCAACGUUAAUUGGAUUUUCCCUCCUAUGGCUCAGACUUAGGCCACUGAGUAAAACAACAGCUCAUCUCUGCUAUGGGCAGCACCUGGCCUCCUGAUGUGCUAGAUGCCACCUGCGCGAAAGCCGAGCUUACACAGUGGGUGAUGCAGCUGGAAAAUCUGUCAUUUCGGGUUUGGGAUCUGUCCCCCUCAGUCACUAACACUUCACAUCCCAAGUCAGGCCCUUGCCUUCUCCUACCUGGGCUGAGGAAUGCUUGGCCCUCACCUACCUCACAGGUAUUAAGAGAAGCCCAUAUGCACAGAGUUCUCUGAGCAACUUAUGAAAAGCAUGAGGAUUCUUCAAGGAUCUGGAAAGCCAUACUGGAAAAUGCUAUUCUAUCUGAGUAUUAGAAGUUGAUAGAAUCCCCUGAGCUCUUGGGGCUCCAGGUGAGACUGGGGACUGGAGACCACCACUAGCCUUGGCCAUUAUUCUUUCAGGUUGUUGGUCACCAUGUUCACCUGUAAGUUUCUCCACCCCAACUUCCAUUUGACAAGCUCUAAGAGCAGGCAUGGAUUUAUUUUCCAUUAUCUUAUCUCUCCAAUAUUCAUAGCUACAGACCAAGCGUACCACCUGAUGAUGAUGUGUUCCCAGUCCUCAGCUGCAAAUUCACCCAUACCAAGAUGAAGAAGUGCUAGAACAUUCCUUUCUCUUCUCCCUCCUUUCAGUUCUCCAAUGUCCAUAUCUACUCUGUUUCCUAAGUGGCAGAGAAGGAGUUGCUUGGAUAAGUGACAGCCCUUUCCCUCAAUAUUGAAUCCAGAGUUAUGGGAAGGGAUCUCUCGAAAUAUUCAGACAGGAAUUGUCAGUAUCUAAAAAUUCAAAACGUGAGAGCAGUUGGUCUACACAACUGAUGUGUACCUCUAGCACCUGAAGGGUAGAAGAUACCUUCAAGGCCCCUCCUAUAGCCACACACAUAAACUCAUACACUGUGCCCUUUCCUCAUACAGCAGUUGGAGGAACCAGGUACUGGGCCAGGACAGUUUCCAGUGCCGUGAAGAAAUGAGGUGAGGAGUACCCAAGGGUGUCAAGGAUAAUCUGCUGAUUUCCUUCUCAUCUUUCACACAGAAAGGCCGCCAGCAGGAAAGCAGCUGGAGUUGAAUAGUUGCUUGGGCCAGCAACUAUUCAACUCCAGCAGGGCUGGUAAUCUUCAUAAUCAAAGGAAAAGAAUACGCACUGAGAGGCUUCCAUGGCAGAUGUCAAUUAAAUUCCCCCCAAAUCUCAUGACAGUUUAUUCACAUCAGUGUAGUGUGGAAAGUUACAAUUUUUUUUAAAAGCCUCUUUCCUUGCUUUCCAUUUCUUUGAAAAAAGGGCUUCUUUUGCAUUUUUAAAGCUCUGCCAUCCUGAACAUUCCUGUGGAAAGUUUUAAAAUCCAGAGCCUCGGCCGGGCGUGGUAGCUCACACCUGUAAUCUCAGCACUUUGGGAGGCUGAAGAGGGCAGAUCACGAGGUCAGGAGUUCGAGUCCAGACUGACCAACAUGGUGAAACCCCUGUCUCUACUAAAAAUACAAAAAUUAGCUGUGCGUGGGGAAUGGUGGUGCACGCCUGUAAUACCAGCUACUCAGGAGGCUGAAGCAGGAGAAGUCUUUGAACCCGGGAGGCAGAGGUUAUGGUGAGCCGAGAUCGCACCACUGCACUCCAGCCUGGGUGACAGAGCAAGACUCUGUCUCAAAUAAUAAUAAUCGAGAGCCUGAGGUUUUUAUUUUUCAAAAAAUAAAAACCAUAGAGAUUAGCCAGUGUAAAUGUUAAGCUAUAAAUUAUGUUUCAACUGUGAAAAAAAAGUAUUUUAAAGAAUGAAUGAAAUAAAACCUGAAAAUAAA